UGGCAUUGUCAUCUCAUUGGUACAAAAACAAUCUACUUUUGUAACAUCUCUCUUUUUCUUUUCUUUUUCCCUAUUUAUUUAUUCACACACCCGCAAUAUGAAAAGACUUUCUAUUUAUGCACCACUUUUCAAAACUACUUCUUCAGUCUAUGUUAGACCAGCCAUCUUAUCAAGGUCUUAUCAUAGUGCCGAAUAUAGCGGCGGAGGACUUAUGGGCAGAGAUAAUUUUACAACUCCCAUAUCCACUCCACCUACAAAACCAGAAGAUCCUUUUGCUCAUUUAGAACUGGCUCAAUUGACGGACCCACGUUCGGUAAAGAAACAGAAAAAUUGUUUAAAAAACACGAGUCAAUUAAUGUAUACAUUACUCUUAGAUUGUUCAGCAUCUCAAUGAAUAUGUCAUUGGUCAAGAAAGGGCCAAAAAGGUGCUUGCCGUAGCUAUAUUUAACCAUUAUAACCGUGUCAGAGCCAAUAUGAAGAGACACCAUUUACAACAAAAGAGGCAGCAGCGUGAGCGCGAGUUAGUGGAAGGCGAAGAGCGUAUGCACGCAGAACAUCAUCACCCCACUUUACCUCAAGAUUACUAUUCCACGCAAUUACCUCUUCAAAACCAUACAAGUGAAUUCCCACCACCUUCCGAAAGAGCCUUAUCCUAUGGCGCACAAAGACGUGCCUGGUUAAAUCCACCCACAGAAGCCAUUGAGAAUAAUAACGGCAGAGUUCUUGUACCAGAUAUUGAGUCCGCUUUAAAUCUUGAUACAAGUGCAGAGGAAGAUUCUACCGUGCAUGAUAAAAGUAAUGUCCUAUUAAUCGGGCCCACUGGUUCAGGCAAGACAUUAUUAGCUAGAACAUUAGCACAAGUAUUACAGGUGCCCUUUUCCAUGUCUGAUGCUACACCUUUUACUCAAGCUGGGUAUGUUGGUGAAGACGUUGAAUUAGUCAUCCAGAGAUUACUUCAGUCUUGUGAUUUUGAUGUAAAAAAAGCAGAAACGGGUAUUGUGUUUAUCGAUGAAGUGGAUAAAAUCUCUAGAAGAUCUGAUUCACAUACUGCCUCGAGAGAUGUAUCAGGUGAAGGUGUUCAACAGUCUCUAUUAAGAAUGCUUGAAGGAACUGUGGUAAAUGUGACUGAUAAAUCAGGAGCGGGUAACCAUAAGCGAGGCGGUCCUGGAGGUGGGGGUGGGUCCUUGAGCUCUCCAAACAAGGGUGAAACAUACUCUGUCGAUACGAGCAACAUUCUUUUUAUUUUAAGUGGUGCUUUUAUUGGAUUAGAAAAGAUUAUUGGCGAUCGUCUUUCCAAAGGGUCAAUUGGUUUUGAUGCUCAUUUGAAAUCAGAAUCUGAUAUUGUAGAGGAAAGUAAAGAGUCUUUGCAUGUGGUUGAACCUACGGAUCUUGUAAAAUACGGCUUGAUUCCUGAGUUUGUGGGCCGUGUUCCAGUAGUUGCGUCAGUCAAUAAUCUUCAGGUAGACGAUCUUGUUCGUGUAUUAAAGGAACCCAAGAACUCCUUAUUGAAGCAAUACGAGGGACUUUUCAAAUUGAACAACGUUAGCCUGAGAUUUAGUCAAAAUGCUCUCAAGUCGGUUGCUUCUCAAGCCUUGGAAAAAAAGACCGGUGCACGUGGAUUAAGACGCAUUAUGGAAACCCUUCUAUUGGAGCCCAUGUUUGAUGCACCAGCGUCUUGUAUCAAGCAAGUGAUUAUUGAUAGUAAAGUUGUCAACAAGGAAAAAACAGCUGUAUAUAUCACGACAGAAAAAUCACAAAUGGCUGAUAAGAUGAUUGCGGAUGAUGAUGGUGUUGUUUUACCUCACACUGAGGACGAUACCCCACAACAAAUGACCCAAAUAUAAACAAUAACAACAAAAGAAAGCAUUGUACAUUCCCUCUCUUUUUUUUUUCUUCUCUCGCUCUCAUUGUUUUAAUUUAUACAUAUACUCCCCCUACUCACUCUAUUAAAUAAAUUUGCAGUGCCUACAUA